UAGUUUUCUUAACCUACCAUUUUAUGAUACUCUAAUACAUUUACACUGUUAUUGUUAUAUCAUUGUACAUAUAUUUGUUUAAAAAUAAUAACAUUUAUACAAUUUACUACUACGUAGCGCUUCGAUCAUUUCCCUUUAAUGAAAUAAGAAUGCCAUUCAUAGAAUUGAGUGAUAUUGACCGAUCGUGGAAUUUGUAUGUGUAUAUAAUAAUUAGCAUAUUGAAUGAAAACUGACAUUUUAAAUAUAUUCAAAGAAAUUAAUAUUUUAAAUAUCUAGUUAUUUGAAAGAUUUUUUCUGGAUGAAAAUUAAUUUGAAUUAAACUAAAUUGAUAGCACAGAUCUAAAAUGGCUAACAAAAAGGAAUCACUGAUAUUUGUAAUUGAUGUGGGCAUAUCAUCAAAGGAUUCUUUAUCUAAUUCUUUUCUACUGGACCAGGCAAAAGUUAUUAUUCGGCGUUUAGUGGAAAGGAAGAUAUUUUAUCGACCAAAAGAUGAAAUUGGCUUAAUAUUAUCAGGUUCAACUACCUCAUUCAAUGAACUUAAUUUCAAAAAUAUUCAAGAAGUUAAAAGCAUGCAAGUACCAAAUUGGGACUUGAUAAAGAUUGUUUCAAAUCUAAAACUUACAGAUUGUAUAUCAAAUUGGGUAAAAGCUCUUCAGGUUGCUAUUGAUUAUGCUAAGCGUGAAUGUAUAGAUAAUACUAUCAAAACAAUAGUUUUAUUUUCUGAUUUUAAAGAAGUAUCUGACGUAACUCAAUUUGACAUAAGUAAAAUAAUAUCAGCAUUACAAAGCCAAGGAAUUAAACUACUAGCCAUUGGCUUAGAACCAUUAUUUAACAAAACUCAAGACACCGUUACAUCCAGUGAAAACUUCAUUCUCAAUAUUUGCAAACAAGUUGAUGGGACAUAUAAAAUAGUUGAUCAAGCACUUGCUGAUGUAAGCUUCAUUAGAAAAAAACAGUCUAAACUUUUACCAUGGACAUGCUCAUUAGAAUUACUUGAUGUAAAAAUACCAAUUAAAUCAUAUGUUAAGGUAACAAAGGAAUCAAGAUUUCCUUCAUGGAAAUUAAUAACUAAUAAAACUUCACAAAGUAAAACAAUAGAACCUAAUAAACCUGUAAAAGUGGAACGUGUUAAAGAACAUCAAGGUAGACAUAGGGAGUUUCAUAAUUCAGAACAUACAAUAUAUGGUUACACAUAUGGUGGUGUUUUUAUACCAUUUUCAAAGGAAGAUGAAGAGGCUAUGCUGUAUAAAAGUGGACCAAAGAGUUAUAAAUUUUUGUACUUUACAAAAAAAAAUCAUGUUGGCAUUCAAUAUUGGUGUAGCAGUACCAGUAACCGCAUAAUUUUACCUGCUGAUGAGAGUGUAGCACCACAGUUUUAUAGUUUAAUGCAAGCUAUGAAUAAUAAAGAUGUUGUUGCUAUUGUUAGAAAAGUAUAUCGUGAGAACUCAACUCCAAAUAUAGUAGCAUUAUUUCCACGUAUUAAUAUACCAGAUGAACCCUGGUGUUUUGUAGAGAUCGUACUACCAUUUGCAGAAGAUGUAAGAAUAAUAGAAUUCAAACCUUUAAUAUCUUUUGUUAAAAACUUAUCAAAAGAACAAAAUGAAAUUGUAGAUAAUUUAUUAGAUGCUUUUAUGCUAAUUGAUACAAAUGAUUCUUCCACUAAAAACAAGAGAAAAGAAUUUAUGCCUGGAUGUAUUCCAAAUCCUAUGAAACAAAAUACAUUUAAUAUGCUAUCAUAUCGUGCAUUAAAUCCAGAAGAACCAUUGCCAUCUAUUGAUAUUGAAUUAACAAAAUUGUUAGAAUCUUAUCAAGAAAUAAUAGAAAGAUCGAAAGACCCUAUUAAGAAGAUCAAAGAAUUGUUUGAUUUCUCUGAUAAUAUUACAGAUAAUAUACAAACAUCCAAAGAUACUGUUGAUACGCAAUCCAAAGAACAACCAUUGAAUGUAGCCAAAAAUAAUAAUCCUGCUAUAGAUAAUGAUACUUCUGAAGAAAUGAUUUUACCUUCAGAUAUAUUAGAUAUAGAUAUGGAUUCAUUGGUGACUAAUAUAUAAUUGACAGAAAAAAAAAUGGA